AUGGCGAAAAUCAAGGCAGUCGAAUACUUUCGUGUCAAGCCCCGAUGGCUCAUGGUCAAGAUUACCGAUGAAACCGGGGAAUAUGGGUGGGGAGAAGCAACGCUGGAAGGACAUGAUCUCGCGGUCGAAGGUGCUUUGGAUGAGAUGAUUGUCCGGCUUAUUGGCAUGGAAGCAGGCGACAUCGAAAACAUCUGGCAGAAGUUCUGGAGGCAUGGCUUCUACCGCGGAGGCCCGGUGUUCAUGUCAGCUCUCUCCGGCAUCGACAUUGCGCUCUGGGAUCUGAAAGGUCGCACACUCAAGGUGCCAGUAUGGCAGCUCCUCGGCGGCAAAGUGCGCAACAAAGUCCAAGUAUACGCCUGGAUAGGCGGCGACCGCCCCGCCGACGUCGAGGUCGCAGCCAAAGCCCGAAUCGCACAGGGCCUCACCUGCGUGAAGAUGAACGCCACCGAAGACGUCGGCUGGCUGGACAGCCCGUCGGCGCUCGCGGCCACGGUGCAGCGGCUCAAGGCCGUCAAAGCGCUGGGGCUGGACGCGGGGCUCGACUUCCACGGGCGGCUGCACAAGCCGAUGGCGAAGCAGCUGGCGAAGGCGCUGGAGCCGCACGCGCCGCUCUUCAUCGAGGAGCCGCUGCUGUGCGAGCACCCCGAGGCCAUCCGCGCGCUCGCCGGGCACACUACCAUCCCGAUCGCGUUCGGCGAGCGGCUGUACACGCGCUGGGACGUCAAGCCCUUCCUCGAGCACGUCGACGUGCUGCAGCCCGACAUUGCGCACGCGGGCGGCAUCUCCGAGACGAAGCGCAUCGCCCAGAUGGCCGAGGCGUGGGAUGUGGCUAUCGCGCCGCAUUGUCCGCUGGGGCCGGUGGCGUUUGCGGCGAGCUUGCAGGUGGCGUUGAGUACGCCCAACUUUGCUAUCUUGGAGAUGAGCCUGGGGAUGCAUUACAAUGUCGAGGCGGGCGAUAUUGAUUUGUUGACGUAUUUGAAGGACCCGACCGUGUUUGACAUCGAGGGGGGGUUCGUCAAGGCGCCGACGGGAAUCGGAUUGGGGAUCGAGAUUGAUGAGGACAUGGUGAGGAGGAUUGCGAAGGAUACGGAGCCUUGGCAGUGCAAGGAGUUUUUUGGUGUUGACGGUGGGAUUAGAGAGUGGUGA